AUGCGUGUGAAUCACUCUCCUCCAGCUACUCUCCUAGACCUCGACCGAGAGGUUGAUCCAUCCGUGCUUGAAGAGUGGCACACAUUCAUCGGCCAAGGCGUCAACUCAUCGCACAACAUGCCCAGCACUGGAAAGCGGAACACCUUGAACCAUCAUACCAGGGGUUCAAACAGCAUCAUGCCCGGUGAUACCGCAUACGGUUUGCAUCCGGAUUUGGUAGGCCUGACAGAGAUCCCUGUCAGCUCAUCGUCAUCACCGGGGCAUUCUUCUGGGCUCCAGCCUUCUUUGGGCUACAUGCUAGCCAAUGCUGAGUCUACUGGGCCCUUCCUAGCACCAGCAGAUUAUUUAUCAGACCCACGAGCCUCACCUGUGAGCGAAGCCAUGGGUUCUCUCUACACUUGGUCUAAUGCAUCCGACGCAGAUAUGCUACGACCAUCUGUGUCAGUGGAUUCAUCCACCUGUCCUUCCUCCUCUUCACCUUUCAUGCAAUCUUACUUUGCUUUUGAACCAUCCCAACAACAGCAUCACCAUCACACGCUGGAUCCUCAACUAUCCGGUGCAUCGGGGUAUACACCACAACAGAUCAAUCAGUGGUGUAUUGACGCUCAUCCAAACGGUUCAUUCCAUCAAACAACGACAGCAUCCUACAAUACACUCCAUCAACUCCCUUCCUACCCAACCCCAACCCCAGAAAUGAAUCAGCAACCAUCUCCUUACCACCCUCUGAAUGACACCAUGACCACAACACCGGAGGCCUGGUUCAAUCUCCACAUCACCGAAAUGCCAACCACACAUGGAACAGGCUACCUAUCUCCACCUCUCGUACCAGCCAUGUCACUCAGAUCACCAUCACUAAUGCGAUCCUCACCAACACCAACUACGAUCUCCGAUUUCGACGGUCGAGGCCAACCAUCAUCACCUCCAAACCUGAACCCAGCAGAUCUAUCACGAUACGGAAUCCCAACAAGUGACGGAGCGUGGCGCUGUGCACACCCAGGCUGUACAUCACAGGCAGUGUUCCGUCGUGGCUGUGAUCUGCGUAAGCAUUUCAAUCGGCACCGGAAACACCUUUUCUGUCGUCAUGAAGGAUGUCCACAAUCACGCCAGGGUGGAUUCUCUAGUAAGAAGGAUCGGGCUCGUCAUGAGGCGAAACACAACCCUGGGAUUGUUUGUGAGUGGGAUGGAUGUGGACGGGUGUUUAGUCGGGUGGAUAAUAUGAAGGAUCAUGUACGGAGAAUUCAUCGUCGCGGGGUUAGUGGUUGA